AUGUUGUUAACACAGGAUUGUUCCUCCUCUUCCCGACCCAUCACAAAGGAAACGAAAACAAACAAUCCCAAUCAGCUCCUCUCACAGCCGAAGAAUAGUGAAGCUUGUGCAAAAUGUAUUCUCCAAUUCCUUCUCCUCUGCUUCUACUGCUGCUGCAAUGUGAGCCAUAAAGAUGGUCGAAAAGGGAAGACUUUUACAGUCUCUUACCUGGUUGAUUCACUGGGUCUCACUACAAAACUCGCAGAAUCAAUCUCGAGGAAAGUCAGCUUUGAGGAAAAGGGCAAUCCUGAUUCCGUUAUGGGUCUUUUUAGAAGUCAUGGGUUCACAGAUUCACAGAUCUCCGACAUCGCUUCGCUGUGGGAGAUGUUCAAGAAAUGGCCUUUCGCUCUGAAGUUCUCGGAGAAGAAGAUAACUCAGACGUUUGAAACCCUCAAGAGGUGUGGUCUGCUCGAGAACGAGGUCAUGUCAUUGUUGAAGAGGAAUCCUCAGUUCAUACGCAUUUCGGAGGAGGACAUAGUGAACUCUGUUGAAACGCUUAUAGACCUAGGAUUCAGCAGAGACAAGUUUGCGUUGAUGAUCAAGCGCUAUCCUCAGUGCAUUGGGUUUUCUGCAGAGACGGUGAAGAAGAAGACCGAGUUUCUGGUGAAGAAGAUGAAAUGGCCACUAAAGUCUCUGGUUUCGCAUCCUCAGGUGUUUGGAUACAGCAUGGAGAAGAGGAUCGUACCGAGGUGUAAUGUAAUCGAAGCUCUCAUGUCCAAAGGAUUGCUCGGUGAUAGAAGUGAACUCACUCCAAUGUCGUCUGUUCUGGGCGUGUACUGA